GACCUUCCCUUUCCUCCUCCUCCUCCUCCUUCCCCUUCCCCGGUGCUGCCGUCGCCGCCGCACCACCACCAUCACCAUGGCAGAGGAGCAGCCGGAGCCCGGGCAACAGCCUCGCAAACAAGAGGGCACCGCGGCUUUGCCGUCUCUGGUGCCUGGGCUCUCACAGUCGGAGGCGAGUGCACUGCAGCAGAAACUGAAAUACUUGAUCUGCAAAACUGUACAAUCAAAAGUGGACUGCAUUUUGCAAGAAGUGAUGAAGUUUACAGAUCUAGAAAAACUCUACCUCUACCUUCAGUUGCCUUCUGGUCCUAGUAACGGAAUCAAAAGUAAUCCAAGUUCUUUGUCAUCCAGUCGUACGCAACAAAUGCAUGCUUGUAACUGGAUCCGAAAUCAUUUGGAGGACCACCCAGAUACUUCACUGCCCAAACAAGAAGUCUAUGAUGAAUACAAAGGCUAUUGUGACAAUCUUGGUUAUAACUCUUUAAGUGCAGCUGACUUUGGGAAGGUUAUGAAGAAUGUCUUUCCAAACAUGAAAGCUCGACGCCUAGGCACAAGAGGCAAAUCAAAAUAUUGUUAUAGUGGUCUGAGGAAAAAAGCUUUUGUUCACAUGCCAUCGCUACCAAGUCUGGAUUUUCACAAAACUGAAGGGCCUGAAGGGUCACACUCUGCAGACCACCUGCAGAGCAUUGAAGAAGAGGUCAGAUCUGCAGCUUGCAGUCUGGUAUGUGAGUGGGCCCAGAAAGUAUUAAUCCGAAAAUUUGAUUCGGUGACUGAUCUAGCUCGCUUCCUUGUUACCAGUCACUAUAUUGGCACAAAGUCAGUUGCUGCAUUGUCAGUGAUGGCAGGUGCAACUUCAGGAACAAAGCAACCUUCUGCUUUUGUGCCCAUGACUGAAAGCAAUUCCUUUCAGCCACAGGUAAAGACUUUGCUUUCCCCAUCAGUUGAUGCCAAACAACAGUUGCAACGUAAAAUUCAGCAGAAUACACUGAAGAAACAACAGGAGCAGAAACUUCAGUCUCCACUACCAGGCGAGCAACAAGUAAAGAAACUAGAAGGUGCCACUGUUGGGCAAGUAUCCAACAUCCCCAGUGGAAGCCCUGCUCUUCUUUCUCCUCAACCUACUAUUGGCAUUGUGGUGGCAACUGUUCCCAGCCCUAUCCAAAUGCAAAGAAGCAGACAGAUGAUGACGUCACCGAGUCCAUUAGGCUCAUCAGAUAGCAAGGUCCUUCCUUUGAAUGUUCAAGUUGUUGCACAACACAUGCAGUCAGUCAAACAGCAGCAGAAGACUGUCCAAAAUGUGCCUGCCAGUCCACAGAAUGAUCGCUCAAGACCUCGUUAUCAUCAAAUUUUGCCUAAACCAGCCUCAACCAGCACACUUACCCUUAAUUCUCCAACUACAGUUCUUUUGGCUGGAAGUCCAAUUAAAAGUGUUGUUUGUGGAACGUCCCACGCAAGCCCACUGAAUAUGGUAAAGAUGGCAGCAAUAUCUCUUCCUCCUAACACUGGCACAUCUCCCAAACCUACAUCAUCAGCAAGUAAUAAUACUGGAACAACAGACAAAUUGAAAACUCCAACAUUGAGGGGUGGCUCAACUUCUUGUCUUCCUGCUGCAGGCACCAAAACAAGUUACGUUACAACCACACCUACUGCAGAGAUAAUUAAAUCUGAACAUGAAUCAAUAUCAAGUGAUGAAAAGCAGAUUCAGUGCCACGAGAAUUUAAGUCACAUGAAGGAUCCUAAAAGAACAGUUGGCUACUCACCUUGUGGGCAGAAAAAUAAUAGUGAAGCUAUUGUGAAAGUGAAGCCAUCAAAUGGGAAAACAGCUAAUGAGAAGACAGCAAAAGUCUGUAAUGGUCAGAAAAUUGAAGUAAGAAAGACCAAAAAUGAAGGGAAAUUUGUACAUAAUGAUAAUCUGACCAUUUCGAUAGCAGGAAAUAACCAAAAUGCUUUUUCUGUUUCCUCUACUUCAAAUUUCACAAACACCAGCGUUAAUGCAAAAUCCAUUACUGAUACUGCCAGGUCUCAUAAAGACAAUGGGCUAUGUCCAAAAAGUCCAAGAAAACGUUCUCCCUCAACUUCUGCAUUUGAACCACAGGUGACUCCUGUGAAGAAAGCUCUACUUGUAGAACGCACUGUAACUAGUGUAGAACAUCAGAAGGCCUGCCAUGGCACUAUAGUAAUGACAUCUCCAAAACCAACUGCAGUUUUACCAGUAAAAUGCGAGAAUGCGACAGCAGUGGUUCAAACACCUGGUAAAGUUACUGUUAAACUGAAUGCAACAGGAAUAACCCGUAUAUUAGCAAAUCCUUCAUCUAAUAUUCAAGUAGUGACCUUAGAUUAUCCACAGACUACUGCAGAACAAACAAAUACCUUUAAAGAAAACAAAACAAUAGACUUGGAAAUGGAUUCAACCAGUUUGCAUGGAAACACAAGUACAAAGCCAACCACCAAUCAUACUGACAUGCAGCAUAUCAAAAAGGAUCACCACUGUUUUGGGACUGCAGAAGGACCGCAAGUUUUAAAUGCUAAUGUCACUGGGAAUUCAGGGACCAUUGAUUAUCAGGUGUCUAAGUGGGAGCCAGGACAACAUAAUGGGUUGGAUCAACAGUCUUAUGAUCAGCAAAUGCAGAAUCAGAACCAGCUACAAAGUUCUACAUCAAUUCAAUUACAAGACCUAAAUCAAGCAACGCUAUCAAACCAGUUACCUCUGCAGGAUAAUUUGAUGGAGCUUGCACCUUCAGGUUCACAAAACAAUGAAAACUACUUUCAGUUUGAUGAAGAUCUUACACAGGACAGUAUUGUAGAAGAAUUAGUAUUAUUUGAAGAGCAAAUGUCUAUGAAUGUUGGUUAUGGAACUGGUUUGGGAAUAUCUGCUCAUUCCACAACAGGUCAAAGUACGAUACUGUCAUCUCAUCAAGCUGGACAAUUCUAUCAUCCAAUCCAUAGCAGUGGCACUCCAACCCCAACUCCUACACCAACACCAACACCAACUCCUACACCUAAUCCAACACCUACGUCAGAGAUGAUUGGCUCUCAAAGUUGUUCAAGUCCAAAUUCCAGAAUGGCUCAAACAACGCCUGUAGAUAGUGCGCUUGGCAGCAGUAGGCAUACACCAAUUGGCACUCCUCAUUCAAAUUGUAGCAGCAGUGUGCCUCCUAGCCCUGUUGAAUGCAGAAAUCCUUUUGCUUUUACUCCCAUAAGCUCCAGUAUGGCAUACCAAGAUGCCAGUGUUAUUUCUAGCAGUCCCGUUAAACCAAUGCAGAGGCCCAUGGCCACUCACCCAGACAAGACAAAAAUUGAAUGGAUGAAUAAUGGAUACAACACUGGAGUAAGCAACUCUGCAGUUUCUAACAAUGGUGUUGGUAUUCUUCCCAGUUAUCAGGAGCUGGCUGAGGACCACUUUAGAAAGCCACAUGCCUUUGCGGUUCCUGGACAAACAAUGCAGUCAUAUCACCAUAAUGCCAUGCAGUUACAGUCCAGGCAUCAUGAUGCUCAGUUGGGUCGUUUGACUCCAGUUUCACCUGUAGCACACCAGGCAGUGUCAGUGGCUAAUGGCAAUAAGCAGGAGGGUUUUGCAGUUCCAGCACCACUUGAUAACAAAGGAAUGCAUUCAUUAAUCAGUAAUUUUAGGUGUCGCAGUGUCAGUCCUGCUGUUCAUCGUCAGCGUAAUCUUAGUGGAAGUACUUUAACUCCUGUGAUUAACUUGCCAAGAACAAGUUUGGCAUCUUUUGGAAGCCCAGUAACACCUGAAGUUCAUAAUACAUUUGCUAACAGUCUUUCGGACAACAGUGCCAACAGUAUGGCUCAACGAAGCCAGUCUGUCCCUUUGUCUGUUAUGAUGCAGACUCCUUUCCCAUCUUACCAGAAGCAAGCCAACACUAAGAAAAUUACAAAUGUGUUGUUAAGCAAACUUGAUUCAGACAGUGAUGAUGCAGUCAGAGGUCUAGGAAUAAACAAUCUACCCUCCAAUUAUACAGCAAGGAUGAAUCUUACUCAGAUAUUGGAGACAACAUCUAAUUGUGGUAGUGCCAACCAGCAACCAAUGAUUAGUUCAAGCACUUCUGUUUUUGAAUUCCAGAAGCCUAGUUACCUCAUAAAACACACCAAUAAUGAUCAGUUGGGUUAUAUUUCUGAGGAUAAUCAAGCACAAACAGAAGCUCGGGAGCAAUCAUUGGAUUUCACCAGUACAGUCAAAGACUUUCUGGCUGAAGACAGCCUACAACCAAACCAGCAAAUGGUUGGUCAAGUAACAUCAGAUCUCAAUGUUGCCUCUGAUUUCUCCAGUGAUCUCAGGUUGUCCACGGAGUUUUCAGGCAGCAUAAAUGAUUUGAGCACUUUAGACACAAAUCUGCUGUUUGACCCAAGUAAACAACAGGGACAAGAUGUUGAUACUACACUGGAGGAAUUGAAUGAUGAUGCAGUGUUCCAGCAAAUCUGUAAUGAGUCCAUGAAUUCCAUGCAGUCUUCAGGUUUUGACUGGAUGGAAAGUAAAGAUCAUCCUGCGGUUGAAAUGUUAGGUUAAAUCAAAGAGUACUGUUAAACAUAUAGCACACACUUAAUUUUUUGACACAUCCUAUUUGACCUAAUAGAUGUGCCUGCCUUAAGAGAAACAUUCUUUCCUUAAAAACAAAAUGGUGUUACAGGAGAAAACCAACUUUUUAUAUACUUGGCAUUCAAUAAUCUUGUGUCCAUAAUUUUAUUUUAGGUGCCAGUAUCUGACAUCUUCCUGUAUGUAUGUUAUCCCAUUAUGCAAAUGGGUUCAUUUAUAAGCUAGUCUGUCUCAGGUGGAUUGCUCUUGUAAAACGUAAAUGCAGUUAGUCUUUUUAAGAUCAGUGGUGAGAUUUCAAUCUUAUUCAGUUUAGUUUAUCUUGUGUACAGAAACAUUUUAACUCAUUGCCCUUCUGACUUUAAUAUUCACUAUAUGAUUUUGCUGACUCUAAGUUCAGUCCAAUAUUAAAAAAAACUAGUCAUAGUGUGAAAUGUAGCUACUGUUAUCCUGCACAUUAAGUUAAUCCAUUUGGUUUGCAAUGUGUUUUCUACUGAAUUUUCAAUAACUCUUGAAAGAAGCUGUUUAUAUAUGGAUAUUAAAGUCUCCUUUUGUUGUUUUUGUUCUCUGCUUAAUUUUACUCGGUGGGAUCUGGAACAUAACAUGUACAAGAAGUUCUGCAACAACAAGAAAGGAAACAUAGGAUACAUUCUUCAUUCAUGAGAUCACUCAAACAGCUAAAGCUAAUCACAAAAUUCGAGGUUGAUGGAGAUACUGACUUUAAUGGACAAAACAUUAGUGAGAAGUCAUUGGGAAACUGCAGUAAAAGUGGAGAAUUGUCUACCUUUUGGCAUUUUGAGUUAUGUGACAGUUAAGUCAGAUACAUUUCUUCAGUUGUCAGCAUUGUAGGAUUAUCUUUUAACAUGGAAUAUACAAACCCUUAAAUUUGUAAUUUAGAUAUGACAGCAUAUGCGUUGUGUUUUAUCCCUUUUUGAUGUUCCUUUAGAGUCAUUAACUUGUUCUUGCUUGUUAAAUUCCUCUGCAGUAUUAAACUCAUUUAUAUUAAAUAGGUAAGCAACUCUAUUGAAAUAGUGCAUACAGGAAUUGAACACAAACUCAUUAACAAGUGCACUAAAAAUAAUACAUUAAACUCGUUGCUGAGAGUCUAAAAUACACAAAGUCAAUGGGAGACCUCUUUUAAAAAUACAACAGAUCUAUUUCUUUGUUUUAAAAAAUACGCUGUAAUAAGUAUUUUAAAUAGAAGGCUAUCACCUGGAAAAUUAUUUUCAUCAUGUGCCCAAAAGAAAGGGAAAAUGUAUCAAAAUACCUGAAUGUUAAAACCUUCAAAAGAGAAGAAAACUAGAAGUUGCACGUAUUUUUUCAUUGCAGAACAUACUCCUAAAAGGAUGAAAUUAUAUUUUCCUGGACAGUAUCUCGCACACAGCAGGGAAUGAGUUAAAACAUCUGACAGUAGAAUAUUGUUGAAUAAACUCAGAAGAAACUCACUAUAUUCAAAAAGGAAUUGGUUUUAAUUAGUCUCUGGUAUAAUUUUAUCAACCAUUUUCUCCCCCUUGAGAAUAUAUCUAAUCAAAAUCCACAAGUUUUCCUGAUUGUGCUUCAGAUAAAUAUUAAAUAGAAUAUGAUCCUGAAAUAUACGUUUUACAAUGUAAGUAGCGAUUAGAAGAAUUUUGAUCUGAGUAGAAGCAAUAUAGAAAUAGGGAAAUAGAUUGAGCAUGUUGACAAUAAAUACAAUGCAGACAUGUUGAAUUGAAUGCCGUAUUUCUGUGUUGUAGGUUUUGCCUAAUUCAGUGUUAAGCUUGGAAUGCCCCAUUAAAAACAAUAGUGCAAAGAUAAUCCAUAAUCUCUUUUAAAAGAGAAAAGGAUAAAUUAUUGAACAAGAAUUACUAAGAAGUGAAGAAUAUUAGGAAAAUGAUGCUAAGUAGAUCACACUUUUUCGGAGAGAUUAGUUGGGCACAAAGCACCAAAUGUUCUCAGAUGAAAUAAAUGUUUUUUACUUUUCUGGUUGGCUACAUCUCUAAAGUAGAUGGUGGGAAAUCGAAUAGGCUUCUGAAUGCAAUUUAGUGUUUUUGCUGGAUGUAGUUGUGUAUAUUUCAGUAUUUUUCUUUCUUAACUGAGAAUGGUUAAAAGCAUAAAUAACUAAUUUUAAUCUUAAACCUUUUUGAAUCGUAAAGUUCUACAUCACAUUGCAUUAAUCCAUGGAGCAUUCACUGGAACUUCUAAAUUUUUGGAAAGUGGAUUGAGUUUGACUGCCCCUCACAGUUAAUAGCCAUCUUAAUCCAAACUUUCACCUGGAGAAUAUCAAUUUACUUAAGAUAACCUGAGCGCUUCAUAAAGCAUGGAAUCGUAACCAGAUACGAAGUCACUUUAAGAAAUAGGAUGGAGAUUUGAUUGGAAAAUCAGAAUGUUGAAGAAAAACUAAUGCUAUGACAAAGUCCAUAAUAAAUUUAUGUAAUUUGAUCCCAGUAACAAUUUAUCUAAUGUAUAUUUCCCAAUACAUAGAUUAUCGAUCAUCUGAUUCAAUAGCUAAGCACUUUAAACAAAUGAUCGGCAAACUGUAAAAGAAUUUUUAAACAACACUGAUAGAAGUUUUAUUUCCAAAUAUUAAGCCUCUAAGUAUUCCAUGAAAAAUUGGAAAUGUGAAAAAAGAAUCACAGUUGCCAGAACUCUAGUUUCAAUAAAUUAAAUAUUUUACAAGUUUAAUAAUAUGGCCACCUUGAUAGGUUUGUGACAAAUAUCUGUAUAAAUUUUAAUGAUCGCAAGUAAUUAGCACUUCCACAAAAUUCACAAUUUAGCAGUUGUGCUAGGACUUGAUGAACACUUGGAAUUGUAAUGUUUCCCAAACCUUUCUGUUGCAAUUUAUAAAAAUUGAUUUUAUUUGAAUUUUAUUGAUUCUGCCAGUUUGCACAGUGCUGACAUACUUAAUCCAUUUCCCAAAAAUGUAGUCUGUUAUAGAGAACUCUGACUACCUAAUGUGUGUAACUAUGGUUAUUAAAAACCUAUAUUCCAUUUUAGUUCUGACUAAAUAUAUGAAGCAUAACUAAAAUAAGAAUUUGGAAAUUUAUCAUUUUAACAAUUCUACACAAACUGAAAUUUUGAUUACAGGAUUGCUAGUCAGUGGCACCAAAUCUUUUCUAAUAUUAACUAACAUUCUUAACCAUCAGAAUUUUAUUCUAGUUAUAUAAAUAUUUUUAACCUUGCACCUUAAUUUGGGGCGUAUGGAAUUCAAACACAAUCUCUGCAAUGAGCAGUGAAACAAGUGCUGAUAAACAUUUGUUAGCAACUUCUAGCCAUCCAAAGUUUUUCUCAUAGGACGAAUAGAGUUUUGAUGUUAAAAAAUCAAUUUCAAAACAUGGACUUGUCCUGAAAAUCUCUAUUUGAACUCUCGUGCAGUUCAAUUUAUGCACAUGUGUGGCCAUAAGAUGGUGCUCUAUUCCAAUCUAUCUUUCUAAAACAAAACUGUACUCUGGACCAACUAAGAACUAGUGGCAUCUGCAGAGAGAAACAUUUUCUCAAUACAGAUGCUGCUAUUUCUCUGGCACUCUGCAUUUCAGAUUUCCAGCGUCCACAGUUCUUUGUUUAAUCUUUUAAAAUUAAUUUAAACUUCAUUAUAAAUUCAUUUUAAAUGUUGAUAUUUCUGCUCUAGGUGAAGCCAUGUGAGCAACAGUUCACCCUUUGCUGAUUUAUAGCAUAUUAUCAAAUACAGUCAGUAAUUUCAAAAUUCUUAAGUCAGAACUUAAACUGAAUUUUGUCUGCUUGCUUAAUGACAGUUAAGGGAAAUAUUAAAUAUUUUUUGAAGAUGCUAGUGUGACACUUGGUGAUAUCUGGUUUUGUCAGGCAAUUUGUCUUAAUCAAAUUAUAGUUGAUAUUAUGAAAUUAGAUUUUUGGCCAUUGACUUUUUUUGGUUUCUCAAUUUUAUUUGAAACCACUGUGUUGUGUUGAUGGAAUGAAAGACAUGUUCCUAAAAAUUUUCAAACAAUCAUUUGAAAACAGUUUAUUUCUGUUCUACUUCAAUUGUUUAUAGUCAUUUGUCAAUCAUGAAUGCAACCACAGAGAUCAGAAAUAAUGACAGUGAAGAAAUGUGUCAACCCUGCAGUAAAUUUCAGAUUUACACCGAUAGAAACUGAAAAACAAGUCUGCAGAAGUAGAUGUGUAGUACAGGAACCUUAACUCUUUCUUUUUGUCAAUUGUGAUUGGUGUGACUUAAUAAAUUGCAUUUCUAACACUCGAACAAAUAGUGUUCAUGACAUCUAUAACCUCAGAAUCAUGAUUCAACAAAAUAUACAUUUAAAUAAUUACAGUUAUGUGAUUAAUUUUAUAUACAGUGACUAUUUUUCCCUUUCCUAUCAUUGUUCUAUCAUCGUCUAUAUCUUUUCCACCUUCCUUCCCAGACAUCCUUCCAAAACCAAACAAGAGGUAGCAAAAGUGGUAUCCGUUUUGCUUCCUUUUUUUUAAUAACAAGGUUGAGAUCAAAGAAAUUAAAAUUUGCAAAUAAGUCUCAAAGCACCAGUACAGUAUCUGAAAUGUUUUUACAUUUUACCCAACAUAUCAUUUUCCACUGUAUUUCUGAAAGUUCUUGUCAAUGUUACUACUUCUUUGCAUUGAUGGAUUUGAACAAAACUUAAAAACUUGAUUUACUGUUAUUCUCACUAGAUAAUAUAUUUUCCUUCUCUUGCUUUCUAAUUUCUGUCUAUGAAUUCUGAAGCCCUUUUUGCUUUGGUCAUGCUAAUAACUUUUGAAGCAUAUUAUCAUUUUCCUUAGCGCCUAUAUUUCAGCUAGACAUUAGGCAUCAAAAUUAAUAUUAAUUACAUGGGUCAACAAUACAUAUUUUAUCUCUGCUGUUUGUUUCUUCUUGAGUCAAAAAAUAUAGAGGAGCGUAAGAAUACAUUAAAUAUUUGAAUGAUCCCAAUUUUGAGUUUUGAAUUUCAAUAAUGUAUAUACAGAGCCUAAACAUAUUGUUUAUUGUUGAUAUAUAUCGUUUCUUCGAAAUUCUAACAGAAUUGUUGACCAUUGUUUUAAGCAAGCUAAUACUUUGAUUAAACAGGUGACUGGAAUGACGUCCAGAAAUGUUUGUGUAUUUGUAAACUCUCAGUGCACUACCAUGUCUCCGCUCUAACUUUACUAAUGUUUACAAAAAAAACUACUCAAAUCUAAUUUGAUGUAAAAGAAAAUGCUUUGUAACCAAUUAACCAAUUUGAGCACAGCUGUAUUCCAUACAAUAUGGUUUUUGAUAUUCUUCGCACCUCAAGUAUUUUUCCCAUAGCAUUGUGUUGUAAAAAGAGAAAUGCGGCAAUCACAUAUGAUUGUGGAACAUAACCAAAAAAAAUUAUUUCUUGCUAAAAGCAGCAGAAGAGUAUAUAAAAGGACAAUGUAAUUCUUGCUCAUUAUGCUGUCAAAAUUUGUUUCCCUACGUAGUUGGCACAGCAAUUAUUUUUAGUCAAUAAUAGAAGAAUCACCUUUUAUGCACUUUGUAACAUUAUCACGAGCAAUUUGGAUCCAUCCAAUGUAGUUUGUCUUUGGUCAGAACUUUAGUGUUUGUUAUUCAGCAUAUAAAUACUGAUAACUUCCGCUAAAAUUAAGCUUGUUUUGACUUGUUAUUUGAUACUAAAAGAUUAACAAUAUCACUCUUUUUGGAUAUGUUAAAGCUUAUGUUAAUCUGUGAAAACCACAGUUUUUUAAAUAGGAUCUGUGGUGUACUUUUCUGAAAAGUGUACUUUGAAGCAACAGGUGAAACCACCUGGAGAUGAUAGCUUGGAUCCAGUGAUGAAAAUGCUUGAGAUGGCCAGUGCAUUCUGUUCAAAUUAAAAUAGAUCUUUCAGAUAAUUACAUGCAGUGGUUACAUGCAAUACCAGACAUUACUGUUUUAUUUGGUUUUUAAAGGUAUUUUAAAUGUUUUCUAUGAAACUCCAGCUCUGCAUGUGUCGGGACUAGCCAAUUGGGUGCAUUAGAAAAUCUUAAUGAAAACUUUAAAAUGUUAAGUUCUAAUAUCCUGUAUCUGUUGUAUAAUUGCAUCUUUUAGGGUAAUCAUUUUUUCUUUAAUGAGUAUGUUAGGUAGUACAUAAAAAUAAUCAUUUAAGUAACUUGUCAUCAGUUAUAUCCUUUCAGGUUAACUUGUGGUUGCUCAAUUUCUUCUGAUUCAUUGUUUCAGCGGUUUCAUCAAUAUUUUAACUCUUUACAGAUGUCUGCUUUCCUCGAGAUGUUGAUUAGUUGUGGUCCAGUCGAUCCGAGCUGGCCAGUGUAGUACAGCUGAAUUUGCUUGGUCCAGCUCAAUCAGUGUUGAAAUUACCACUGCACAACAAUAUUGCAGUAAAAAUUUUAAACAUGCGUUUGCACCUUAAGUAUAAUUGGAGAUGUAUUUUAAAAUAGAUGUUUGUAUUCAAUUCCAAGUAAAAUGGACAUUUUGAUUAUUUUUGCACUAGAUGCUUAAAGGGAGUUUCUGGCCUGGCACAUCUCUUAGGACAAAUGAUAAUAGUCACAGGCAACAAAACUUUCAUUUGAUAAAGUUUUAGGAAAUGAGUCAAUAUACAAGAAGUGAAAUGUCAUCUGCGACGUGACAGAUCUUGAUUGUUUUAUGUAGCAAUGUACAUUGAUCUCAAUGAGAUAAUUGUUUUACUUGAUUCUCUUGUAUGAGAAUAUUAAAACAGGAUGAAAAUUUUAAAGUUCAGUUUGCUUCACUAUGUUAACAAAUGAUCACAGGUGUGCAUGUGUGUUGUUGGAUUAUAUUGUACAGUGCUAGGUAUAUUCCUGUAACCACUUUUUGCUGAAAUGAAUCUGGUUCUUUAACAGCCAGGAAUGCGCAGUUAUACAUAUUACAUGUUGUUAUGUACCUUUUUGGAAGUUUACUAAUUCACCUAGAAGCAUUGUUGAAUAUGUUCAGUUUUCAGUUUUGUUCGGUUGAUUUUGAACAUUAGUAUUUGGUAAAAUAUUGUGGAAGAAGUUCCUACAGUAAUUUGCUAUACGUAUGCUUUUGCAAAGUAAUUGCCAUUAUGAAAAUGAGCUGAUGAGAAGGAACUGGUUUCAGCAAUCAUAACUAAUGCACAUUGUGAAGUUACUAUAAAUAGCAAACACCCACCCAACUCCUUUCUACAUCACAAGAUAAUGCUUGCCUGUACCACAAUUUUAUUUAGUGUAGAACAUUUUUUUUUUAAAAUGAUGUUUGUCUAUUGUACUGCUGGAGAAAAUCAGUAGUGCAAUAAUGUUGGAAUAGUAUUUCAGCUUAGUUUUUUUUCUUAUUAAAAGUGCUCACAGAUAUUGUUGAAGUUUUGUAAAUGGUUUGAAAACCAAUAAAAAAAGUUUUGUACUACA